AUGGACAACGAAGAAUUGGCAUGGGAUCCGUUAAAAUUUACUUUAGAAAAUAAAAAUAAGAAUGUUCGAAACUUAGUUGAGCAAGCAAAAAAUCCGAAUUUACCAAAUCAGUUGAUAGCGAGAAUGAUUGGCUCUGAUUCUGCUUGCAUUCGAUUAUUACUAUGCAAAUCAUCUCCGAUCAUAAAAGCAGUGCAAACAUCUCUUAAUAAUAAAUUGCAGAAUUAUAUGCAUCGAAUGAUUGCGUGGUUACCAUCUAGAAAGGAUUUUGAAGCAAACAGCGACGAAUGUGAAGAAAAUCAUAUCGAUUGUCGUUUAUUUUCAUCAUAA